AUGGGUUUAAAGUGUAAAUCAUUGAUCAUUCGAUUGAUCGUCCUCAUUUUUUGCUUGACAUUAUUGAUCGCUGAUGUGAAAUCAAUACCGAAUCCAGCAAAUCAAGUUAAAGGUUUAGUUAAUAUAAUUAACGGCAUUACUACACUAGUUACUGGCAUGAAUGGUCUUAUUGAGCUAAUAAAAAAUGACGACAGCGAUCAAGUCUUUCAAAAUGAAGUAACAGGUAAACUCGAUGACAUCUACAAUGCGUGUUUGAAAAUAGACCAAGUGAAGGACCAAGUUAAAAAUUUGACUUCUGUCAUGAACGCAAAUGCUAUCCGAGUAAUUUUGGAAACCGCUUUGAGAGAAGAUAUGAACUACAUGUUAGAAAUAAAUAACAAAUUGAAUAUAAUUGAGACCAGGUAUAGAAAUGAUUUUUCUAGUAUUUAUGCUCAAAUAAAAAACUAUUGUCAUGAUUCCGUCGAUACAUAUAUUUCCUCAAUUAUUGAUGGCGAUGACUUGAAAGAUAAACUAACGGACAUUUUAAAGGCAACUGAAUUGGCUGGUAAAAAUAGUUAUGCAAGAAAAAAUAUUUUCGAAAUAGCUGUCGCCUAUUCUAGGAAUGAGAAAAAUUAUCAUCGUGAUUGUAAUGAUAUAUCUGCUUACGACAAACUAUACAGUUUUUACGAAUACGUAUUAGGAACAGUCACCCAAGGCUACACUAUGAUUAUAUUGGCUUAUCAGUAUCGUAAACUAAAAUCUACUGAUCCAAAUUUCUAUAGAGAUAGACAACUCGAGUAUCUCAAUAUUUAUAAACAGAGUGUUAUUAAAAUAACUGAGUCCAUACAGUAUCAUUUAAGCAACAACAAUGAUAUCAAUUUCAAAUCUUCAAUUUCUUGUGAUCCUCAACUAUGGAAAGAAGGAGAAAAUUAUAUUCGUAUCAAAAACUACGCAUCUGUUAGAACUCAAAGCACCCCUGAUGACAAUUUUAUACCUGAUAGAAGAGGAAUAGAAUAUGAAUGUGCACAUUAUGCGGAGUGGAGAGAUUUGGCUGUUCCAGAACUUAUUGCCACUAAACAUUGCCCACAUGUAUUCAUUCCCAAUCACUAUAGAUCAAAUUGUUCAUCAACAUUUUCAGAAUUCAUGGAUUAUGCUUCUCGAGGUGAGGAUAAAAAAUGCGUCCUAGGAACUUAUCCAGGUUUAAGAGAACAUUGUCUUUGUGAUGAAUCCUCAGAUCCUAUUUUUAGUGUCCGUAAAUUGAGUUUAUUAUUGCAAUCAUGUAGUACCGAUAGAAACGAAGUUGUAACGAACACGCGAUUCCAUGUUCAAGAUGGCAUAAUUAGCAUCGAAAUUCAAUGUGGAACGUUUGUCAAUGGGAAAGUUGAUCCUGAUACUCUUAGAUGGAAUACAGAUGACCGGAGCUAUACAAGAGAGAAUCAUCCAAACUAUGCUGUGCUUUCUGAAACAUUAAGAUCAUUUAAUAUGGAUGAUAUUUUAUUGCCUGAUGGAGAAUUUGUGACGGGUGUUAAGUUUGAAAAAUUGGAUGAUAACUAUUUUUCGUUGGUAAUACAGGGAACUGAAAUGUACGAUUCUAAUAAUCUCAUCAGUAUUGGACAAACUAGCUUGCGUUAUCCACAAAAUUCUGAAGUUGCAAGGAUUAGUAUAGAUUUAAUGGAUCUGAUUACACCUUUGGAAAUAAAGGAACAAACCUAUGAAAUGAGUGAGUCAGGAAGUCAUUAUGUCGGUUUGACGAGGUCUGGAUGGUCGGAUACAUAUGGUAGCCAUGCGACGAUUCCGUUUUUGGAUAUGCAGCCGAUCGAUUUAUCGCCAGCAGUACCACUAGGUGGACUUGGAUUAUUUUACAAGAGUCAACCUGAUUAUGGCGGGUUUUUAGCUUUCAAACAUAUUUCCCCAAAAUUCAUGCAUUUUAUUAGCGAAGACUAUGUCGAUAAGUUGACUAUCAUAUCCCCAGGUGCUUAA